AUGUCGGACAAGAAGGAAAAAGACCAAGGCCAGACUCGGCGUGGGCCCUGGAGCCCCGAGGAGGACCGGCGCUUGAUCGAAAUCAUUGCCAUGUACGGCCCAACAAACUGGGUCCGCAUCUCGUGUCUGUUGGGCAGCCGGUCUCCCAAGCAGUGCCGCGAGCGUUACCACCAGAAUUUGAAGCCGCUGCUCAACCGCAACCCCAUCACCUUCGAGGAAGGGCUUUUGAUUGAGCAGCUUGUGGCCAAGCACGGCAAAAAAUGGGCCGAAAUUGCCCGCCAUUUGAGUGGCCGCCUGGACAAUGCCAUCAAGAAUUGGUGGAACGGCGGCGCCAACCGACGCCGGCGUGCGCUGCAGAUUGUGCCGCCCGCCAGCCCCCACUACCGCUCGCCUGAGGCCCGCCUGCGCCAAAACCUGGCCACCGGUGCCCGCGCCAAUGUUCCCCAUGGCAUCUCCAACCAGCACACCCUCGCCAACGCAACUGGCCCCAACGGGCCCAUACCCUCCCAGCAUGCGCUUUCCCACCCGGCGCAAACGGCGCAAGUUGCGCACCCUCCAGCACAAACAGCACCUCUCGCCCACGCACUGCACUAUCCCAAGGUGCCCCAUUUCCCGCAGAUUCUGUUCAACACAUCCAUGUUUGGCUCAAUGGAGUCUGCGCCGCCCGCGCCAUACGCCGCUGCUCGUCCUCCGGUUCGCCUGGCGUCCAUGGACCAUGCACCGUUGCCCCACUUGGCCGAGUUGAAAUGGCAUCAUGAAGAUCGGCGCCAUAGCGUGACGGCGGCUCCGCUCUCACUGACUCUGCCUGCCUUGUACACACACACAAACAGCCUGGACCAUUAUGGGUCUCCCGGGUCUUUGGCCAGCCGCAGCAACUCCGUGUGCACAGACUUACACCCACUCUCGCUCACACCCACGUUGUCUUCUGCCACUCUGCGGAGACCCUCUGUUGCGCCCGACUUGUUUCCAAACCCAAUGGGCAUGACGCCUAGCCUGGGCCUGGUAUCGCACAAUUUGGCCCGCACCCACAGCAGUCGAAGCAGCCAGAGCAGCCAAAAGAGUCUAAUGAGCCAGGUCCAGCAGGACCAGAAUGGCCACACCGAGAGCCCCUCCCACAUCAGCCAGAAGCUCAAUGCGGACACCAUUCCGUCUUUCCAAAACCUCUCCAAGAGCAUCGUCCAUGAUAAGGCUACCGAGCGAAUGAAGGUCUCGAGCCUCAUUGACUAG